UUUAAGUCAGUACAGCUGGAUCCCUGCCGCUCACCACAUCCCGACUCAUCAUGUGUGUGAAACCAGAAGUGUUUCAAAGGAAGCUGCUGUAGGUGCUUGUGUUGCCUUUCUAGCAAUGAAGUUUAGCUUCCCGCUUGUCUCUCCUGUACUUCCCUUUGCUGUUAGUUUCUGUCUUGGCCACGAGUUUUGUCUCAGUUGUUGCUAGCAGCCUGUUCAGCUUUUUGCAGGAUUUCCCAGUCUGGUGGUGUGCAGGGAAGUCUGCAGCUGCUACUACUUGAAAUGAGCGAGUCUCUUGCUGUUCCUGCUGCCUUCACCACCACACAGGGUAGCUGAGAUGGCCCCAGGGAAAAGUCAGGCUCCUUGGCCAGCUGGAUUGCCCUCUUUGGCCACUGCUUAGCUCCCAUUCUUUCAUGAGACCUACAGACCCUGAAACCAGUGCUGUGGAAAAGGGCAGGCAUGGGCUGUAGCUGGAAAUGGCUAGGUAGCUGGAAAUGGUUAGUUUUCCUUCUUUGUAUGUAGUUGUCCAGGUUGACAGCUUUGGCCUCCGUAUUCCGUACUGGGAUCUUGAAGGUCCUAGGCUAAGCUGUCUAGGUGCUGUGUUGGGCCCACCGUAGGUAGUAGCUCUCUGUCCUGCUGUCUGCCUGCUUUUUUGGGCAGGUUCAACCUCCCACCCCAUCCCUUUUGAGCUACCACUGCCCCUGACAGUCACAUCCCCCAGCAGGCUGCGUUCAGGAAGGCGACGCUCUGCUUGGAGCGCUAGCCUGGACCUCAAAGUCCGCAGCUCCGGGUUUGCGCAGAUUCCCCCUGCGGCUGUACAGAGCACGUAGGCUAUUUCCCUGCCCAGAAGGUUCGUCAGCGAGGAGUGUGGAGGUUUCAGCCGGGUAGCUGAGGGCAGCCCAGCAGAGCCAAGCUGGGCGGCCAUAACCUGUAGCAGGGUGCUUCACUGCUCAACGUAUGGUAGCACGUGCUGCCUGCUUCGGCCUCGCCGGUGCGUGGGUGACCCCAGGCAGCUCUGGUUCGGUCCCCUCGGCACCACGGCAAGGGCUUGGGGGUGGGGAGCACCCAUGUCUUUUGGGGAAGAAGGGGAAGAGAGGACGUGCAGAACUGAAUUUGGUGAGCACCGCCGGGACCCAAGACGCACUCGUAGAGUCAACCCUGGUGUGGAAAAAAGACGGGGACCCAAGAGUAACAGGGGGGAUGGGGAGGAAAGACGCAAAAGGAGAAGCAGAAGUGUGUGCGAAGCAGCUCGGGGCUGGGGGGCCGAUGGCUUAGAGCGCUUCCUGCUCCCGGAGCUGCGCGUGCCCGGCUGCGCGCCGGCUUGCGCCUGCCGGUGCCCAACAGCACCGCGCAGGGGGCCAGAGACCAAGGCACAUCUCCAGAAGCAGGUGGAUGGAGAGGGUCUGAAUGGACUGACGGUAGACGCCCGGAGAGAUGCAUGGCCAGCUCCCGAGAGGCGCAGAAACAGCUUGGCGUUGGGUGCUCCAGCAAAGACCUGCGACUUCCCUUUUCUCGCCAGCGCAAACUGAUUUUUCCUCUGCGUUUUUUGAGUUGCUUUGGUGGUAGCCGCUUGGCCCCCUCUUCUUUUGCCCUCCACGAUGGUGAGGUGGUUUCACCGUGACCUGAGUGGGCUGGAAGCUGAAGCCUUACUGAAAGGACGAGGUGUCCAUGGGAGCUUUCUGGCCAGACCCAGUCGGAAGAAUCAGGGGGAUUUUUCUCUUUCAGUCCGGGUUGGUGAUCAGGUAACCCACAUCCGCAUCCAGAAUACUGGGGACUUCUAUGACCUGUAUGGAGGGGAGAAGUUUGCCACCUUAUCAGAACUGGUGGAGUACUACACACAGCAACAGGGCUCGCUGCAGGACAAAGAUGGAACCAUCAUCGACUUGCGAUACCCGCUCAACUGUUCUGACCCCACUACAGAGAGGUGGUACCACGGGCAUCUGUCAGGCUCUGCAGCUGAGUCACUUCUCCAGGCCAAAGCCACCCCUUGGACCUUCUUGGUGCGGGAGAGCCUCAGCAAACCUGGGGAUUUUGUCUUGUCUGUCCUCACUGACCAGCCUAAACCUGGGGCUGAUGCUCCACCAGCUGGGGCAACCAGUGCCUCUGGGGCCCGGCUCAAAGUCACGCACAUCAAGAUCAUGUGUGAGAAUGGACGCUACACAGUUGGAGGUGCUGAAAUGUUUGACAGCUUGGCAGAUCUGGUGGAGCACUUCAAGAAGGCUGGAAUUGAGGAGGUGUCUGGCUCCUUUGUGUACCUGAAGCAGCCCUACUACGCUACAAGGGUGAAUGCUGCUGACAUUGAGAAUAGAGUGCAGGAACUGAACAAGAAAUGUCUAUCUGAGGAGACGUCCAAGGCUGGAUUCUGGGAGGAAUUUGAUAGUCUGCAAAAACAGGAAGCCAAGCAGCUGUUUGACCGUCAUGAGGGUCAGAGACCUGAAAACAAGAGCAAGAACCGAUACAAGAACAUCUUGCCCUUUGAUCACUCCAGAGUCAUCCUCCAAGGAAGGGACCCAAAUAUACCUGGAUCUGACUAUAUCAACGCCAACUAUGUCAAGAACAACCUGAUCAGCCCAGAUGAGUGCACCAAGACCUACAUCGCUAGCCAGGGUUGCCUGGAUGCCACAGUCAAUGACUUCUGGCAAAUGGUGUGGCAGGAGAACACGCGCAUUAUUGUGAUGACUACACGGGAGGUAGAAAAAGGGCGGAACAAAUGUGUGCCUUACUGGCCAGAGGUGGGCAGCAUGAAGGAAUACGGUCCCUACCUUGUGGAGAACGCUGGGGAGCAUGAUGCAUUGGAGUACAAACUCCGGCACCUCUGUGUGUGUCCGAUGGAUAAUGGUAAGGCUGUGCGUGACAUCUGGCACUACCAGUACCUGAGCUGGCCUGACCAUGGUGUACCCAGCGAGCCAGGAGGAGUGCUCAGCUUCCUCGACCAAAUAAACCAGAAGCAAGAGAGUAUCCCAGAUGCAGGGCCUAUUCUGGUGCAUUGCAGUGCUGGGAUUGGCCGCACUGGGACUAUCAUCGUCAUUGAUAUGAUAGUGGAAACAAUCUCCACCAAGGGGCUGGACUGUGACAUUGACAUCCAGAAGACCAUCCAGAUGGUGAGGGCCCAGCGCUCAGGGAUGGUGCAGACGGAGGCCCAGUACAAGUUCAUCUACAUGGCCAUCUGCCAGUUCAUAGAGACAACCAAGAAAAAGCUGGAAGUUAUCCAGUCUCAGAAAGGCAAGCCGAACGAGUCCGAGUAUGGGAAUAUUGCCUACCCCCCUGCAGUGAGGAAUGUGCACACCAAGGCUUCACGAAAAUCCUCCAAGCAGAAAGAGGAGUCAACGGUUUAUGAGAACUUGGGGAAAAAGGAGGAGAAGGUGCGGAAACAGCAUUCCUCGGAGAAGAAGCUGAAAGGCUCACUAAAGAAAAAAUAAGCGUACAUUGCAGGUAGCCCCAUGGGGGUUUUGAACCUGGUGUGCAGGACUGGGGCUCACAUCCAGGCUGGCCUGUCUCGCAUUCCUCGCCCUUGGACUGGACCUAGGCCUUCCCCUUCUCUUUCAGUGCCCUGAACCAGCUCAGCUGACCGACUUCAUUGUCCCUUGCCUGUGCAGGCCAGUGAAGUCUCCUGCGGCCCCUUCAUCAUUCAUUAACAGGAAAAUAUCACGCCCCUUCUUACCCGUCGUCUCUGAGCAGCAGGGCCCAAACUCACCUCUGCUCUGUCAGCUUCAGCAAACUUCUUGAGGAAGAGCUAAGGAAGCUCUUUACAGGAGCUAAAUCUCUGCCCACUGCUGUGAGUUAGAGUUUAGCCUGUUAGUGUUCCCUGAAGCCUCAGCUUUUAAAGUAUGGAGGUUUUGGCCUGUUUCAGCUCAGCUCCUCUGCAAUUCAACAGGAAACUUUCUCUUUCCUUAAUACCAACCCUCUGCCCUAUGAUCCCUUUUCUAUUUGAUCCUUUGAUUGGAUGCUGUAAAUAUAGCAGAAUUUGAUGUGAUGGCCAUAUUUGCUCCUUUGUUUGUAAAUAAACUUGUAUUUGUUUGAA